AUGUCUCAGUACCGCUGCAUGGAUCCAAACGGCAGGAUGCUGCUUCCCAGUGCAUCUCUGGUCCUGACGUGCAGCGGCUCUUGUCUUGCUGAUGAUGGUUCCAACUCCGACCGCACGAUACCUCCCUCAAAUCAGUUCAAGCACGAGCACACUUGGUCGGCUAUCUCUCAUACCCGCAUCGAUAGACCGUUCGACUCGCCUUACAGCAGCUCUCACCGUCUUUGCUCUUCUCAGAAUUACGCCGACACGCCAUUCGCCUCUUACAUCGCAUCUCCCGACCGGCUCACCUGCGACAAAAGAAACAUUGAUCUGACCAACCGCCUAGGUGUCGCCUCUUUUCCUACGCAGGGUCACGUAGAGAUGCGGCCCAAUCUUUUCAGCAGCUGCAUCAGAGUCGCAUCAAGCCUGCCAUUGUUCGUCGGUUGCCAAGCGCUGUCCUCGCGAUGUGAAUCGGCCAUCGGGCUCAAUGGUGUGUGCUCGUCCAACGAGACUGUACCCAAUGAGGAUGCAGAGCACCCUUCGUGUGCUGUGCAUUCCGACCAUGAGAGCAUCACGCUCUUGGGAAGGCGAUGCGAUCCAGCAUCAGGAUUGCAAAAGGGUGUUGCCUUUGCUGCCGCCUCUUUAGCUGCUGCCGCUUCAAAGUGGGAUGAAAAGGGGGCUCGAGCAAUACAAGCCACGCUCCGUCGCCAUGCAAAGCUCCUUUUACUGACAUGCAACUUCCGUCUUCAUUCAUACUACCCGCUUCAUACCAUCAUGCAGCACGACACCGGAGCGUGGUACCCUCCCACUGAACAAAUCAUUGUUCGGGCUCGAUCUCCGGUCGAAACACCGUCAGCGCCGCGUCAAUCUGCCAGCCUCGAAUCUGCGUGCAAGUUGCAAUCUGAUAGGCAAUCGAGCAGUGGACCCGACCAGCGAAAGAGUGCGUAG